UACUGGCUUUCAUAAAUAAAACCGUGCCAUUCGUUGCUUAAAACUUUGUUACGUUUUUACUCACUAUCAUGUUAAAGCUUUUGCUUUUGGUCAUUUCUAUAAUUGCAAGCUCUCAAGCUGACAAACAAAUUCCGCAAGACUUUCUAAUUGGAGCAGGAACUUCGGCGUUUCAAAUUGAGGGAGCAUGGAAUGAAGAUGGAAAAGGAGAAAGCAUCUGGGACACAUUUUUACAUGACAAAAACGCUCAAGAAAAUGGAGACAUAGCAUGCGAUUCUUAUCACAAAUGGGAAGAAGAUGUAGCCAAUGCCAAGGCUUUAGGACUGGACUUUUACAGAUUCUCCAUUGCCUGGACCCGAAUUUUACCAAAUGGCACCCUCAAUAACAUCAAUCAGCAAGGAAUUGAUUACUACUUAAAUCUUAUCAAGGCCCUAAAAGCUGAAGGUAUUGAGCCCAUGAUAACAAUUUACCAUUGGGACAUGCCACAACAUAUUUACGAACUAGGAGGUCUCCUCAACACUCAAUUUGUUGACUACUUUGGGGACUUUGCAAGAUUAGUAUACCAAAAUUAUGCUCCAUAUGUUAAAUAUUGGUUCACAAUUAAUGAACCCACUUUAGUCUGUAAUGGAGGAUAUGGAUCCGGCUUUAUGGCUCCAGGAUUGCAUUUGAUUGGUGAUGGUAUUUACCAAUGCGGUUAUGUACUAUUACAAGCGCAUGCCAGAGCUUAUAGAAUAUAUGAGGAAGAGUUCAAACCUCUGUAUCAUGGCCAUGUUGGGCUGGUAAUCAACUUUGACUGGGCCGAGGCAGCUACUGAUAGUUCUGCAGAUUUAGAAGCUCAAGAACGAUACAUAGAAUUUGAACUCGGCUGGUGGGCAAAUCCAAUAUUCCUAGGAAACUGGCCACAGAUUAUGAUUGAUCGCAUUGCUGAUAGAAGCAGAUUGGAAGGUUUCGCGAGGUCUCGUCUACCAGAAUUUACUGAAGAAGAAAUCAACUAUAUUAACGGAACCCAUGAUUUCUUCGCACUGAACACUUAUGGAGUGGGUCAAGUUGAAGAUGAACCCGAACCGGAAAUCGGUGAACCGUCUUAUGUAUCAGACGAGGCCGUUCGUUCCGUAAGAAGCAAUGACUUUUAUUACCCCGAAGGCCUUAGAACCUCUGUAAAUUAUAUCAAUCAAAAGUAUCAACCCAGAGGAAUCAUUAUAACUGAAAAUGGCAAAGGAAUUAGGCAAGGAGAUUCAUUAGACGACCAAGAAAGAAUAAAUACGAUAAGAGACUUCAUGAGCGCAUUAGUUGACGCUGCUGUGGAAGAUGGAGUUAAUGUUAUUGGUUACUCAGUCUGGUCUUUAAUGGACAACUUUGAAUGGGGAUCUUAUGAGUCCAAGUUUGGCAUCAUCCAAGUAGAUUUCGAGAGUCCUGAUAAAACACGAACAUGGAAAGAAUCUGCAAAAUGGUAUCAAAAUGUUGCAACCACCAGAAUUUUAGAUGUUUAAAAAUUCAAUGUUGAUAGAAUCCAAAUUUUUUUUACAAAACUUAUCUCUGCUUGAGCUACAUAAUAAAAUAAAGUUACAUAUGAAGAUAAA